AUGACUGUCCCCAGUAUUGGGGACAUUCUAAUGUUAUCCCAGAAGGCCUGGAAGAUUGGAAGCGCAUUCGCUGCUUGUCACAAGCAAGCUCCGCCUAACCUCGGUUGCAUUGAAACUGAAACUGGCGGUUUAGCAAAAGCGCUCACACUACUGGCAGAGACAUUAUACGCCGAGUGCGAAAGCGGUCUGCUCCAGAGUGCUGACCAGCAAACCCGAGCCGGAGCUGCUGCUAUAAUCGGAGCCUGCAAGCGAGCAGUCGACGAUCUCGAUUCCUUGAUAGAUGAAUACCAGGUCAUCAAAAAGCAUAGGACUGUGGGCGGUUUCGCAAUUGAGCGAGCAUGGAGUGACUUGGUACUAGCCGAGUACAAGACGAUCCCUUGGACCACAGAGGGUGGUGACCUGGUCAAUUUGAGGGACUUGCUACAGGUGCAUAAACACGCAAUAACUGUUUUGGUGCAAGCAUUACAAAGGCUAUCCUCAACUCGCUUAGAACGGGUAGUGAAACCAAUGGCGGAACGUAUCGACAGUAUGUACACCUCAAGCAGCAGCCUCGAUCAGCAGCUGGACGAGGUCCAUCGCAUGGUACAGGAUCUCGAUAUAAUGUCACGAGACUCUGCCACGCCGCCCGUCCCGCCAAAACAUCCCGCACGAACUCCAAGUACUGGAGACGCAAGUUAUCAAAGUUCAACGCUUGACCAUUCAGAUUUAUCACGAUCACCACCGCGGAAUCCCAACCUCAAAAUAUCAUUACCUUCAAUUCCGUAUAACCAGAGGUUAUCCCAGUACUCAACGGCUAGUUUGACCAACGGACCGCCUACUCCUUUACCCACCAGAGAAAGUAUAUCAGAGGCGAGCAUCAUGGACUCAUCACUGCGCUACUCGAGCAGCAGUUAUGCAUCUUCUGAAGCUGGUCAAAGUUCCACUGGAUGGCAAAGUCCACAAUCAGCAGCGAAACAAUUACGCCUCAGUCGUCAACAGUCGAUAUCAACCAGGAAUGGCCCGGCUUCUCCAGAGAUACGGGAGCAGACACAAAGACUCAAAAAUCGAUAUUCGACACUACAUUCCUCUCCAAUUCUUGGGCCUGAAGUUCCACAUGAGCUGGGAAGAACACUGUCGCAAGCUGAGAUUGAGCAACUUCACCGAAGCGCGACAACGGCGAGCCAGCGAAAUGCUUUUGAAAAGGAAGCUUUUCGUAAUUCAGCUAUACUUUGUGAUGUCCGGGGCAAAGUAGUAGAGUACUCCCACCGUAUCAACCGUGACGAUCCCCGAGACGUAGAAAUGAUCACCGUCUGUACAGACUGCCGUAUUGCUGUGGUACGAAAACGCAUCACCGACCCGGAAACCCGAACCGUCCGCGUUGUAACUUCCAUCUGGGUUUUUAGUGACGACACCCAAGUCCGUAUGGAACUCCGCAUGCAAGAUGAACACAUGUACAUUCCCUACGCAAGCUACUUUUCCCCCGCCAAAGUCUCCAUCACAGUUCCCUGCGAGCUCAGAUUCUACGAUGUAUCCCAUGCAUCCGGCCCAGCCCGCGUAGCGCAAACGAGCUGGGUGAAUUACGUGUUUGAUAGCCCUCAGUGUAAAAAAGCGUCGGCACUCUUCCAAAACGAACUAAUGGGCCGCACCCUCCUCGCCACCUUCCGCACGGAAAAAACGCUCCGCACCCACUCAGGCCUCUCCAAAUCCUUCGCCUACGCAGAACAAAUGUGCGGCCUCGAAACCCUGCGUAUCUGGCAAGACAACGAUACCGGCGCCGUAAUCGCCCUCUUACACUUCUCCGCCGACUUCCGCACCGGCUACCUAGCUUUCUACCUAAACUCUGCCCGUGAUCCCCUCAGUAUCAAGGACGACGGUAUGAGACAAGUCAAAAUCCGCGGCCUAAAAGUUCCGGUGGAUGCCGCUGGGUCGCAGACGCCGGAUCCUUCUUCUUCUGCUGUUGCUGCUGGUGCUGGUGCUGGGAGUACAAAGGGCAAAGAUAGAGCGGGCAGUGUGGCUGGAAUCAAGAAGAAGAAGAAACAAGAUAAGGAGGAUGGGGUGAUUAGUGGUGCCAAAGUUGAGUUUGCGACUGAGGUGGAGAAGAGGGAGUUUUUGGACUUGUGUAAGGUUAUGCAGGGGAAUUUGAUUGAGUUGCCCGAGUUGCAGGGGGUGAAUUGA